GACACGUUAAGUUUUACAUCCAUCCCCUCUGUGCUCCAGCAACAACAAACCCGAAGAGGCGCGGCGGCAAGUGCGGCCGCGGCGACACAGCAGCAGCCCCCGGACACACUGAGGGAGACCACCACAGCCUGACCCAUGUGGCCAGCCCCUCAAACACCCCAGCAGAAGAACCAGCCCCUCAAACACCCCAGCAGAAGAACCAGCCCCUCAAACACGGGACAAGGAGAAGGCCGCCAUCCACUACAUGAUGCUGCAGGACAUCCAAAGUGCAAUCUACAGCUGCAGAUAAAGAAUGUACAGAUGGCUCUCUAGACUGAACUUUGCUUUGUGUCACCUGUCACUGCGUGGCUUCUGUACGGUGCUUCCUACAGCCCCCAAGAUGGUGCGGAUCCUUAAUGUGGCUGAGAAGAAUGAUGCUGCAAAAAAUAUUGCUGAAAUUCUUUCCCGGGGACAUCUCAUUCGGCAUGAAGGACGUAGCAAGUUCAAUAAGAUCUAUGAGUUUGUGUACAAUUUGGAGGGAAGGAACGUGAAGAUGGUGAUGACCUCCGUCUCUGGACACUUGCUGAAUUAUGCAUUUGUGGGUUCAUACAAGCAUUGGAAAGGUUGCAGCCCCAUGGACCUUUUCAGUGCACCUGUGUUCAAGACUUGCCCAGAGAACUCAGUACCCAUCAAGCACACACUAGAGCAGGAGGCCAAAUCUGCCUCAAAACUGAUCAUCUGGACAGAUUGUGAUCGUGAAGGAGAGAACAUUGGCUAUGAGAUAAUUAAUGUGUGCUGUGCAGUCAAGCCAUCUCUUCAAGUCUACAGAGCCAAAUUCUCAGAAAUCACUUUCCAGUCAAUACAGCGAGCAAUGCAGACAUUGGGCCAGCCAGACGAGAAGCUUAGUAAUGCAGUAGAUGUGCGCAGUGAACUGGACCUGCGCAUUGGAGCGGCUUUCACAAGGUUUCAGACUCUACGCCUACAGAAGAUCUUUCCUGAAACACUAGCUGACACUAUUCUCAGCUAUGGCUCCUGUCAGUUCCCCACACUGGGGUUCAUCAUUGAGAGGUUCAAAGCUAUUGAAAGCUUUGUUCCUGAGCCUUUUUGGAAGUUGAAAGUGACACAUGUUAGUGGGGAUACUGAGACUGAGUUUAUAUGGCAGAGAAAGCGGCUUUUUCAUAAGCAUGCAUGUGAAGCGCUAUUUGACUUAUGCCAAGAGAACCCUGAGGCUCAUAUCACAAAGAUCACCACCAAACCCAAGAACAAGUGGCGCCCUGUUCCCCUUGACACUGUGGAGCUAGAGAAGCUGGGCAGCCGGAAGCUGAGAAUGAAUGUCAAGGAAGUGAUGAAGGUGGCAGAGAAGCUGUACACCAAUGGUUUGAUAAGUUACCCCCGCACAGAGACCAACAUCUUUCCUCCUGAAUUGGCCCUCACUCCCUUGGUGGAGAUGCAAACAGCAGACCCUAACUGGGGAGGGUUUGCAGCCAAUAUCAUUGAGAGGGGACCCAACCCACGCCAGGGGAAAAAGACAGAUAAAGCACAUCCUCCCAUCCACCCCACCAAGUAUGCAUCGAACCUGGCUGGAGCGGAGAAGGCUGUCUAUGAGUUGGUAGUGCGCCAUUUCCUGGCCUGCCUGAGUGAUGAUGCUCGUGGUGUGGAGACUGUGGUGAACAUGACCAUGGCUAGGGAAGAGUUUCAUGCCAGUGGACUUGUCAUCUUGGAGAGGAACUACUUGGAGAUGUACCCGUAUGAGAACUGGAGUGGCAGAGUGAUAGCCCAUUACCAACAGGGGCAAGUGUUUCAACCCACCACUUUGGAGAUGAUCAGUGGGGAGACCUCUCCUCCUCCAUACCUGACUGAAGCAGAUCUGAUUGCUCUUAUGGAGAAACAUGGCAUAGGUACUGAUGCUACACAUGCUGAUCACAUUGAAAAGAUCAAGGAGCGGCAUUAUGCAGGCUUGGAGAACAACCACUUCCUACCUGGCAAGAUUGGACUGGGUCUAGUAGAGGGCUAUGAUACCAUGGGCUUCCAGAUGUCCAAACCUAAUCUCCGUGCACAGUUGGAGGCAGAUCUCAAGGAGAUCUGUGAAGGCACCAAGGAUCCUCAGGGUGUGUUGCGGAGGCAGAUUGAGCAGUACCGCCUUGUUUUUGAGGCAGCUUUGCCACAGGCACUCAAAAUUGAUAUUGCCAUGGCAAAGUAUCUUGAGGAGGCUCCUCAACCAAUCCCUGAGGAUGUGACCAUUCCUGAUGUGCCCCAAUUUUCUUCGGUGUGUAAGUGUCCAGCAUGUGGCUCUGAUAUGGUUCUGAAGGAACGAAAGACUGGUGGGUUUUUCGUCUCGUGCCAAGGCUUCCCUCAUUGCCGAGUGACUGUCUGGCUUCCUGGUGAUGUGAAGGAUGUGACAGUGCUGCAGGAUACUUGUACCCAGUGUCAAGGAUCUCCAAAGAAACUUGAGUUCAAACUCCGCCCCAAUACCUAUGCAUGGUCUCUGCGCAACCCUUGUAUCACCUGUAUUGGAGGAUGUGAUGAGGAGCUGUAUGACAUGCUUCAGUUUCGGUCCCUGAAGAGUUGUGUCCCACCUAAUGCAGGUGGUCAUGGUGGGCCAGGAAUUUUAGGCGGGCUAAGGAAUGGUAACAUGGGUGGCAACCCAGCUGCUGGUGGUGUAGGAGGUAGCAGAUCAGGACCUGGUGGUGGUGGGGCUAGGCCAGGUCCCGGCAGGGGGGGGGGCACUUCAGGGCCUGGCAGGGGUUGGGGAGCUUCAGGGUCUGGCAGGGGUUGGGGAGCUUCAGGGUCUGGAAGGGGUGGUGGAGCUUCAGGGUCUGGCAGGGGUGGGGGAGCUUCAGGGUCUAGCAGGGGUGGGGGAGCUUCAGGGUCUGGCAGGGGUGGGGGAGCUUCAGGGUCUGGCAGGGGUGGGGGAGCUUCAGGGUCUGGCAGGGGUGGGGGAGCAUCAGGUCCUGGCAGGGGUGGGGGAGCAUCAGGUCAUGGCAGGGGUGGUAGCACUUCAGGUCCUGGCAGGGGUGGUAGCACUUCAGGUCCUGGCAGGGGUGGUAGCACUUCAGGUCCUGGCAAUGGUGGAAGUAGAGCUUAUGGAAGUGUAAACAUCAGUAGUUACUUAAUUGGGACUCAGUCAACCAGCAGUAGCCAGCAGAGAUCAUUGCUGGGUGCUGUGGCAGAUAACAGGGUCAACAACACUUCAAGACAAAGUCAAGCCUCAGGAGUCAGCAGAGGCAGUGGGCAACUCAGGCAAGACUCAGGAUUUGGUUCAUCAAGGAACACAUCAGGAAGCAGCAGAAACCAAGACCAAGAGAAUAAAGUCACAUGUAUUUGCAACAAAGAUGCUAUAUUUUUGACAGUGAAAAGUGGUAAUAAUGCAGGAAGACCCUUCUACCGGUGCGGCAACUUCCAGAAUGGCUGUAACUUCUUUUUGUGGGCAGAUGUUGAAAAUACUGCACCGAGGAAAAGAGAAAGGGAUGGGCACACUGGGGGAGGAUGGAAUCAAACAGUCCACGACACUUCUAGAGGGCCCGAUCAGAAUGACGAGGAUGAAAGUGAAGUUCUCUGCCAGUGUGGAUAUCCUGCAAAGAAGCUAACAGUGGUGAAGGACACACCCAACAAGGGUCGGCUGUUCUAUGUCUGCAGUAAAGAUAGAGGCCAAGAAUGUCGCUUUUUCCAGUGGGCAGAUGAAGUGCCCCCCAAUAAUGGAGCAAGAGGAGGAGGAGGCAACAACUGGGACAGUGGAUGGGAAAGUAGCAGUGGCUGGAGUGAGGGCAGAAGAGGAGUGAAGAGAGGUGCAACCCAGAGACAGCAGUCAUCCACCAAACGGAAGUGUAGCUUAUGUGGGGGUCUUGGGCAUGACAGGAGAAAUUGUCCCCAAAAAAAUGGUUAAAUCUCAGUUUUCAUUUGCGUAUUCAUUGUUUCUUCUCAUGUCCAUUCUCAGUGAAUGAAGCAUACACUUGAUUCACUACAAGUUGGAAGUGGAAAUCUAGCCAAUAGCAGAUACAGUGUGAAGGCCAACACAAGGCACAGGUAACAGAUUUUACCAGAUUUUUUUUUUAUUUUUUUUUAAUUUUUUUUUUAUGAUAUAGGCAUAAUGUAGAAUGUCAAAAUAUGGGUGUUUUUAUAACUGAUUUGUAAAUAGUCUUUUAUUCUUCUUGUCAAAAUUUCCUUAUUAAAAAGUCAAAAUAUUAAGUGAUUUUGGUCUCAGAUUGGCUGAGUAUAUAAAUUUGUAGCAUUUAGCUGUCUGGAUAUCUCAUGAGUAUCAUUAUUCUUUUACAAUCAGUACAUAAAAUGCCAUGCACUUGUGUUACAACCACAGUACUAUUAUGGCUGCUUUAUUUACUUUAUUUUUCACCCUUUUAUAGCUCUGACCCAAAGCCCAAGUUCGUCUGGUAGAGUUUAAGGGGCACGGCUGGGUGUUGUCAUUUGCGUUAGUGGUAUACCCUAUGGGUCUGAAAUCAUAUAUGUUAUUUGUAUAUGUUUACUUAUUACUUCAUGCAAAUUUCAUGAAAUUUGGUUAAUAACUUUUUCAUAUAUUGGGGUAACUUAAAAAAGAACAAAAAAUUUAAUUUAUUUCACAGCCUUUGUUUCUCAAUCAGUUGAUUUGAAAAAAAUACCAUAGAAACCUUACAUGUGUAUCUACAAGUUUUAGAGAUCAAUUCAAGUUUUGCAGCUUGGUAAAAAAAAAAAAUAAUAAUUUCACACCUUCCAUUUUCUGUCCUUCAUAUCCAUUAUUUUCAAAAAAAAUUAUAAAUCAUCACUAAAAAAAUGCAGCCCUUUAUUUGUACUUUCUAGUGAUGUUGAACAAUACACAAUCAAAUUUAAAGUAAAA